UAGUGAAUCUCCGACGGAGUUGUACCUGGUAGCCUCAGGCUCCCCCUGGUCAUUCCUGGCAGCCAUCCCAGAUCCCUCCCGGUCCUCAGCUUCCUCUGUCUCCCUCACUCCUAGACCAGGCAGUUGAUCUGUGGUCUGGAUUCUGUUUGUGCUGGACUCUCUGCCCUGAGGGCCUGGCCAGGAGCUUUGUCAGCCCGCCUCAAUCAAUCCCUGCAGCCAGCCUCCUGUCCAGGGAAAGGAGAGGAAGAGCUCUUCCCCUUGGGGAUUCCUGUCCCUGCCCAGCUGAGCCUGCAGAGGACCCAGGCCUGGAGCCAGAGGGAAUGGCCCCUGGGAGCCCCAGCCAGCCAGCCCAGGUGAGAAGAAGAAAUGGCCGGAGGAAGACUCUUCAUUAUGUCGCAGCUGGCAAUGAGGUGUUGGUGACAUUCAAAGAUGUGGCUGUGGACUUCACCCAGGAGGAGUGGCGCCUCUUGGACCCUGGUCAGAAGGAGCUGUACAAGGAAGUCAUGCUGGAGAAUGCCCAGAAUGUGCUCUCCCUGGGUCUUCCAGUUCCCAGAGAAGAUUGGAUCUCCCAUUUUGACCAAGGGGAAGCUCCAUUGAUGCUACAGGGAAAGGGUUCAAGCAGCUCCUGUCUGGAUGGAGAGAGGAGGCUUGAAAUGAGAGAGACUAAUGCAAAACUCAGGGAAGAAUCACAGCAGCAAAGAUUCAUGAAUGAUGAUCAUUGUCUUACGGGAGAGAAACCUUAUGAAUGUGAACAAUGUGGAAAGACUUUCUCACAGAGCUCCCACCUUGAUAUUCAUAAGAGAAUCCACUCUGGAGGAAAUCCUUAUGAAUGUAAUCAAUGUGGAAGGACUUUCAGAUUCAACUCCAAACUUGCUCAGCAUCAGAGAAUGCACACUGGAGAAAAACCUUAUGAGUGUAAUGAAUGUGGAAAGAGUUUCAAACAAAAGUACAGUCUUACUGCACAUCAAGGAAUCCACACUGGAGAAAAACCCUAUCAAUGUCAUCAAUGUGGAAAGACUUUCAGAUGCAGUUCUGGUCUUGCUCAACAUCAAAGAAUCCACAGUGGAGAAAAACCUCAUGAAUGUAAUCAGUGUGGAAAGGCCUUCACAAACACAUCCCAUCUUGCUGUACAUCAGAGAAUCCACACUGGAGAGAAACCUUAUAAAUGUAAACACUGUGGAAAGACUUUCACACAGAGCUCCCACCUUGAUAUUCAUAAGAGAAUCCACUCUGGAGGGAAACCUUAUGAAUGUAAUCAGUGUGGAAAGACUUUCACAAACACAUCCAAUCUUGCUGUACAUCAGCGAAUCCACACUGGAGAAAAACCUUAUAAAUGUAAUCAGUGUGGAAAAGCUUUCACUCAGGGUGGAUAUCUUACAGAACAUCAGAGAAUCCACACUGGAGAAAAGCCUUAUGAAUGUAAUCAAUGUGGAAAGACUUUCAGAUGCAAUUCUGGUCUUGCUAACCAUCAGAGAAUCCACACUGGAGAGAAACCUUAUGAAUGUAAUCAGUGUGGAAAGAGUUUCACACAUAACUUCCAUCUUGCUUCACAUCAAAGAGUCCACACUGGAGAGAAACCUUAUGAAUGUAAUCAAUGUGGAAAGGCUUUCACAAAUACAUCCAAUCUUCAUAAACAUCAGAGAAUCCACACUGGAGAGAAACCCUAUGAAUGUAAACAAUGUGGAAAGACUUUCAGAUGCAGAUCGAGUCUAGCUCAACAUCAGAGAAUCCACACUGGAGAGAAACCUUAUGAAUGUAUUCACUGUGGAAAGGCUUUCACAAAUACAUCCAAUCUUCAUAAACAUCAGAGAAUCCACACUGGAGAGAAAUCUUAA